GCCUCCCUCUAGCUGCCAUCUUGCGUCCCCGCGUGUGUGCGCUUAUUCUCAGCUGGUCUGCCCUAGACCCCCUGAGCGUCAGCCCUAGUCCCCCGUGCGGCCCCGUUUCCUCUCCAACAAGAUGAAAGAAACUAUUAUGAACCAAGAGAAACUCGCCAAACUGCAGGCACAAGUGCGCAUUGGUGGGAAAGGAACUGCUCGUAGAAAGAAGAAGGUGGUUCACAGAACAGCUACAGCAGAUGAUAAAAAACUUCAGUUCUCCUUAAAGAAGUUAGGGGUAAACAAUAUCUCUGGUAUUGAAGAGGUAAAUAUGUUUACAAACCAAGGAACAGUGAUCCACUUUAACAACCCUAAAGUUCAGGCAUCUCUGGCAGCGAACACUUUCACCAUUACCGGCCAUGCUGAGACAAAGCAGCUGACAGAAAUGCUACCCAGCAUCUUAAACCAGCUUGGUGCAGACAGUCUGACUAGUUUAAGGAGACUGGCUGAAGCUCUGCCCAAACAAUCUGUGGAUGGAAAAGCGCCACUUGCUACUGGAGAGGAUGAUGAUGAUGAAGUUCCAGAUCUUGUGGAGAAUUUUGAUGAGGCUUCCAAGAAUGAAGCAAACUGAAUUGAGUCAACUUCUGAAGAAGAUAAACUUGAAGAAGUUUCUGGGAGCUGCUAUUUUAUAUUAUGACUGCUUUUUCAAAUUUUGUUUAUGGAUCUGAUAAAAUCUAGAUCUCUAAUAUUUUUUAGCCCAAUGCCCCUGGACAUUGCAGCUCUUUUCAGUUUUUGCUUAUACAUAAAUCAUUCUUUGCAGCUAAUUAAGCUGAAGAAGCUUGGGAAUAAAGUUUGAAACAGGUUAAUAAAGAUCUUUGCCUAGUA